AUGAAGCUCCUCUACCCAACAUCCCUCAAGCUCGACGUCCAGAGCCUCGAGGGCUUCUCCGUCGACCUCUUCCCCUACGACGUCAAGAAGACCAUCCCCGAAGAGCACGUCGACGCCGAGAUCCUCGUCACCUGGACAAACACCCCCGAGAACCUAAAAGACGCCGCAAAGCGCCUCACAAAGCUCCAAUGGAUCCAGUCCCUCGCCGCUGGGCCAAAUGAUGUUCUCGGUGCUGGGUUCGAUGCCUCCAAGAUUAAAAUCACAACGGGCUCAGGUCUGCACGAUCACACUGUCGCUGAGCACGCGCUGGGCCUGCUUCUCAACGCCGCGCGCCGCUUCUAUGAGAUGCGCGAUUAUCAACUUCAAGGAAAAUGGCCAGGUCAUUUGGGCGGUCCCCAGCCCGAUAGACCCAAGAAUGCAUUUACGACGCUGCGCGAUGCGCGUGUUUUAAUCUGGGGCUUCGGCAACAUCGCAAAGACCCUCACCCCGCAGCUCAUCGGCCUCGGCGCCGAAGUUCGGGGCAUUGCGCGCCGAAAGGGUGUCCGCAAUGGAAUUGAAGUCUACAGCGAAGACGAUCUCGACACCCUCCUCCCCGAGACCGACGCUCUCGUCAUGAUUCUUCCCGGGUCUGAUGCCACGCGCCAUGUUCUUAAUGCCCAGCGCCUGAAGCAAUUGCCCAACCACGCGUGGGUCGUCAACGUGGGGCGCGGUACAUCUGUUGACGAGGAUGCUCUUGUCGAUGCGCUUGAGAAGGGAGAGAUUGGGGGUGCGGCGCUGGAUGUUUUUGAGACUGAGCCUCUUCCUGAGCCGAGUAGGAUCUGGAAGGCUCCUAAUACUAUUGUGUCGCCGCAUGCGGCUGGUGGAAGACCUCAGGGUGCUGAGGGGCUUAUCGCUGAUAACCUGAGACGGUUUAGGGCGAAGCAGGAGUUGAAGAACCUCAUUUAA